GAGUUGUAACGGCCGCAGAACUUGAGAUGGAGAACGUUAACCUGAACAGCACUGGUAACAACACAGUGGAGAUCGGGCAGGUGCCCGUCCUCAAAACUGCACAUGACAUUCUACUGGUGGUCCUCCUCGUAGCUGUAAUGUUUGCUAUGGGAUGUCACAUAACAUGGGAACAACUAUGGGAACAUAUACGUCGACCUAUUGGAAUCAUCAUUGGAAUGUGCAGCCAGUUCGUUCUGUUACCUUUAUCUGCUUUCUGCCUCAUCAAAGUGCUAGGAUUAAACAUCCUGCACGCGACAGGCCUUCUUCUUUUAGCAUGUAGUCCAGGUGGAGUGACUUCAAACAUUUUCACUUACUUCUGUGAAGGAGAUAUAUCUCUAAGCAUAGCAAUGACCACGUGUUCCACGCUCGUGGCCCUCGGAAUGAUGCCGCUUAACUUGUACAUGUAUGGACAAAAUCUAAAUCAAGAGGAUGUUGUCAUCCCAUACGGAAAAAUGGCGCUCUCUCUAGUGUCUGUCACUUGUCCUGUUCUGGUAGGAAUGCUUGUCCAUUGGAAGUUUCCUCGAAUUGCUGCAUACCUCACCAAGAUUGGGAGUAUUUCAGGCCUGCUUAUAAUCAUAAUUUGCCAAACAAUGGAGUUCUUCAUAUUCCCAGACAUAUUCGCGAAUGUGCCAUGGCAGUUAUACUUUGCUGUGAUACUAUUACCUUGCCUCGGGUUCACACUUGGCUACACAUCAGCUUGGAUAUGCCGCCAAAAGCCCCAAGUCAGAAGGACAGUCUCUAUAGAAUCAGGGGUUCAAAAUGUCGGCACAGCUUUAACGGUUGCUACGCUCUCCUUUCCAUUUCACAAUUUGGAAAAAGUGUUACUCUUCCCGUGGCUUUACGCUUUCUCUAUGACAGGAGUGUGCAUCGUGAUUUCUGCCUUCUACCAAGCUUACAUUCGAUGCAGCUCUCUUUCUAAAUCCGUAGAAACGUUACCAGCUGAAAGGGAGGUGAGUGCAGUAAGAUACGCAGAAGAGGGUGGAAAAGCCAACGGGGCGUAUGUCGCAGAUUCAGCGAAGAUGUGAUGCAAGUUAAGUAAGAUAAUUCAAAGGAAACAUGUGAAAGACCACAAAGUACAAGACAAAGAAUUGGUUAUAAAAGCGUACUUCAGUCAUGGUGUAGAGGUCAAGUAUCUAAAGGAAGAAGUUUAGAACAAAUUCUUAAAAAUCAAAGCUUAAUAUUCACCAAUUAAUGUACUAAUUCAUAAAUUAUGUUGGGUAUAAAUACCCAUGUGUAUGAUAAAACAAAUUUACCAACUUUAUACUACAUAAGUUGUGAUAUUUUGCAUUAUAAGUAUUUAAUGCUAGUUCACUCAUGAACUGAAGCUUGUGAUAGCAUGCAAAAGAAAACAUUCAGAUAAGGUGUAAAUUAUAUGAGCUAAAAUAUAUGCUCACAGAACAUCUUUUAUUUUUCAUUGUGUGUGUUUUUAUAUUUUGUAAUGUGCUGUUUUUUAAAAAUAAAUAAUUAUUUUACAUGUGUA